CGCGAUCCCGGAGCCCCGGCCAGCCCAGCACCUGGACCUUAACACCUUGGAAUUGCCCUUCACCACGUGAAGCUCAGCCAUGACCGACCAAGAGUUUGUUCUCUGCAAGUGGAAGAGACGUUUGUGGCCAGCCAAGGUUCUGUGCAAACCUGGAGUUGCUGGGAGCAGUCCUGUUGCCGCCACCAAAAGGAUGGGAUUUAAAGCUGAAAUCCUUGGCUUGGAGAAGCAGGUCAAUGUGAGCUCUGCAAACGCAGUUCCCUUGACUGAGGAGCGGAUCAAGGACAUCGCCUCCACCCUGGAGCAAAAGACAAGCAUGAGUGAGGCCGUGGAGGAGCUGCAAUAUCGUUGUUCCCUUAAAAUUGCUCUGGAUAUUCUCCAUCAGACUGAGUCAGGCAGUGAAAUGCCACCUGCAGAAGGACCAAACCCCGAAUUUUCCCGGGAGAAAUCUUCCCCACCCACCCCCUCCUACGGCUUCUUGUUGCGCUCUCGCUCUAAAAAAUCAGAACCUGAGGCUGCCAAGAGGAAAGGGAAACCCCAAAAGAGCUGUGGGGUGAAGGAUGAUCCCAAAACAUGCAGCCAGGGAGGUUCUGUGGCUGCAGAGGGGACUGGAAAAGCACCUGGGGGUGGCACAAACCCUGCCAGGUGCAGUGCCAGGGACUCGUGUGUGCCACCAGCCCCUGAGAGUCACAACUGUGAAAAUCCAGAACCAAAAUCCUCACCCAGACAUAGGAAAAUCCAACCCAAACCAGAGAAUGGAGUCUCCUGUCAACCAAAGGCUGGGAGAAGUCAGCAAGGAAGGAAGAGAGGAUGCAGGGGUGAUUCCCCCCAGGAUGAAGCACAAGUGGCUCCUGAGGAGGGGUCUCCACCUGCCCUCUCAAAAUCUGGCACCGUGGAACCUUCCAGAAAGGCAGGAACUCAGCCUGGGGGAACAUCCCUGGAUCCCUCCUGUGAAACUACCUCGGAUGAGUUGGAGAAAAGCAUCAGCAGUGAGAGUGAGAGCCUGGCAAAGCAGCUGGAUGGGAGGAGAGAGGCAGAGGGUGGAAAACACCUGGAUGGGGCCUCAGGCACAGAGAGGAAAUGCAGGAACCACCCUGGAUCCUCACCCGGGCCCUCUGGUGCCUCCCCUCAGCCUCAGGAGGAGGAAAAGCAGGAUCCCUCACUCCUGGCUGGGAACAAAGCCCCUGACUCCGAGGAAGAUGAAGGGCUGGACCCCUCUGGGAUGUGUUCCAGGAGAGUUUCCUCGGAGAGCCUCCCCCCACUCUCCCCUCUGGCAGAUGAAGAGGAGGAACAUUUCCCACGAGUUCUGUCCCAUCGAGAACCCAAAUUCUUCGAGGAAGGGAUGUUGGUGUGGUGCAAGCUGCGGCGGUAUCCCUACUGGCCAGCCGUGGUGAAAGCAGUGAAGAGGAAACACCGGAGGGCCUGUGUGCUCUUCAUAGAUGGCACCACAAACGAGAAGAAAAAAGGUUUCUCAGUGUCUCUGAAGAGCCUGAAGCACUUUGACUGUAAGGAGAAGCAGGAGCUCAUUGAACGAGCCAAGGAGAAUUAUUGCAGGGAAAUCGAGUGGUGCCUCCAGCUGAUCCUGGACUAUCGGAUCCGAGUGGGUUGUCAUUCUUUCACUGGGUCCUUCCUGGAGUAUUUUGCUGCUGAUAUCAGUUACCCAGUGAGGAAAGAGGGAUACCAGAGUGUGGUGCAGAUGGCAUUCCCAAACACAGAGGAGGAAGGGGCUGGAGAGUCUUCCUCAGACACCUCCCCCCAAAAACCCCCCAGGAAGCUGCUCCCUGACAGGACCAGAGCUGCCAGGGACAGGGAGAACAAAAAACUCGUGGAGUUCAUAGUGAAGAGAAAAGGGGCUGAAGAACAUCUGCUGGGGAUCCUGAAAAGUGGGAAACAAUCCCGCUGGCUGAAGAAAUUCCUGAAUUCUGGCCGCUACAUGACCUGUGUGGAGACUUACCUGGAGGAUGAGGAGCAGCUGGACCUGGUGGUGGGGUACCUGAAGGAGGUGUACAGGGAGAUGGACACCAAGAACCUGCACCAGAUCCUGGGGGAUGGCAUCAGAUUCAUCUCAGACGUGCUUUUACCUGAGGCCAUCAUCUGUGCCAUUGCUGCUGUGGAUGACAUAGAUUAUGAGAAGGCAGAGGAGAAGUACAUUAAAGGACCACCUGUGAGCAAAAGAGAGAGAGAGCUGUUUGAUGAGCAAGUCUUGGGAAGCAGCAAAAAGCUGAAGACAGAGGCAGAGCCUGCAGAGAGCUGAGGAGUGGCCAGGGCUGCCCAGGGCCAGGUGUAAAUAACCAGUGGUGAUUUCUCUAAAACGUGGCAUUCUUUGUAAAGUCUGUGUGUACAUUCCCAAAUAUUCUGCUCUCAGUCCUUGCUGCUUCCUGUGGCCUCACCAUGUUCGGGACCCUCAUCCAUCAGUGCCCUCCUGGGGGCUGCCAGAGCCCCCCAGAGCUUCUGCUGCUCCAGUGAUUUCCACAUGGAUUCUUCCAGCCAAACACUCAGCCUGGGAAGGGAUCUUGUCCUGCUCUGUGGUUUCAUUGCUGCUGAUAAAAGCAGGGUGUUCCAGGGGUUCCCCCCUCAUGGAUCUCCAAGGCUGGAAAAUCAGAUUGGUGCCCAAAGCUGUGACCUGGAUCAUGAAGAUUUGUGGUUUUUGUUUUGUUAUGACGAAUGAAGCUCUGUGGGGAAGGAAUCCAGCUUUGCCUCAGCAACAACAUUCCCUUUUCCUCUAGCAGUGGAUUGCUGAUUUAUUGCCUCUUUUGGGAGGCUUUUAAUUGUCCUUUUCUCAUCUAAAUUCCCAAUUUAAUCCUGCCCAACUUUGCUGGAGCUGUGGCACAUGGAACAGUGUCACCAAGAACUAAUUAAUGAUGAAUAAUGAUAAAUGAUACAUAAAACCCUCUGAUUAGGGUUUCUCUGUGAUAAUGAAAUGUGAUCUCCUUGCUUGUCCAGUAAAACCCAAGAUGAUUUGAAAUGAAGAAAUUGGAAUUGGGAUCCAGAUGUCUAUCCUGGCUGUAGUAAUUAUCUGAAUAUAUUUUAAUUACACCUUUAAUUGGUCUGUGCUCUCAAAUGAGUUUUACCAUGGAAUCUUUAUUCCCGUUAUCUCAAGUACCUCAAUUAUAGGGAGAGGCCAGGAAGUGAAGGUUUUAUUAAAACCUGUGAGGAGGGAUAAUGAGUUUUGUGGGAUAGGAUGAAAAAUUAAUGAUGGAGUUAA